AAUGAAAAUUAAACUAGCAAUAAUCUUUUACUUAUUCAUCUUAUUAGAUGCUUCUACAAUCUCCAAUACUAAAUGUAAAUGUGAACAAUUAUUGUCACAAUCUGAUUGCUAAAAUCAAAUCUAAAAUUGUGUAUGGGAAUCAGAUAAAUGUAUUAUAAAUUCUAAUCCACCUGGAGUUGUUACUUAAAAGUUAACAUAUUGUACUUAAUUUAUUGAUUCUGUAUGCCGAAUUACUUUAGGUUGUGCAUGGAUUAAUAAAGAAUGUUAGUAAUUCGCAGGUUGUUCUGCAUAUUAUUAUUCGUAAUAUACAGAUUGUUAACAUGUAUCAUAAUAAUGUUCUUCAGAUGGAGUUCAUUGUAUAGAUUUAGGAAACUGUUCAGAUUAUAAAACUGAAAUUGCUUGUUUUAAAAAUUAGAAGAAUCUUUUAUGUUAUUGGAAUGAAAGUAAAUGUUAAGAUUUUACAGAAUGCAACUAAUUACCACUUACAUUCAAAUCUGAUAAUGAAUGUAGGGAAUAAUUAUCAAAAUGCACUGUUGGAGAAUAAAGUGGUUGUGUUGAAAGUGCAGAUAAUUGUGAAGGUCAUAAACUGAUGUCAUAAUGUGUUUCAAAUAAAUCUAAAAUAGAAAAAUGUUUUUGGUCAGAAAAUAAAUGUCUAUCUUUGAAAUGUUCAAAUGCACCUCUAACAUUAUCAACUCAUUAAUAAUGUUUUUAAUUCAUGAAAGAUUGUACAACUUAAGAAAAAGGAGGAUGUACAAAUAUGACAUUUUGUGGAAAUGUAAAAAUUGAAGCUGCUUGUGUAAGAAAUCAUUUGGGUGAUCCUUGUAUAUGGUUAGAUAAUACAUGCUAUGAUUAAGUUUGUUCUAAGGCUCCAAAUAGUUAUAAUACUAAUGAAUAAUGUUAGAAAAUAUAAAAAAAUUGUAUUACUACAUAGAAUGGAUGUAUUGAGCAAAUAUCUUGUUCCAGUUCUACAAAGGAAAUAGGAUGUAUUGAUAUGGUCAAUGGUACUAAAUGUUUUUGGAAUGGAUAAAAAUGUUUAGAAAGGAUUUGUUCAAAUAAUACAUCAGCUACAUCUUAAGCUGAAUGUGAAAUAUUUUCAAAUGAAUGUACUUUCAAUAUUUCAGCCUCUGUUGGAUGUGUAGAUAAAAUAUGUGAGAAUAUCAUUCAGUAAGAUUAAUGUACAACAGAUGUUCAUAAAAAUAAAUGUGUUUGGAAAAAUAAUUGUUUUACAAAAGCAUGUGUUUUUGCACCUAAAUCAUUUUAAAGUCAUUAACAAUGUGAGGCUUAUUUAAUAGGAUGUGUUUUGGAUAAUUCUGGGUAUGGAUGCAUGAAUAAAAUGUUAUCAUGUCAAGCAUAUUAAAGUGAAAAGUCAUGUUAUCAAACUUUAUAAGGAGAUGAUUGUUUAUGGAAAAACUCUAUAUGUGUUGAUAAAUAAUGUAAUAUGGCUGAUAAUUCUAUAACUACAACAACAGGUUGUUAAAUAUUUAAAUCUGAUUGUAUCGUCAAUAAUAAUUAAAUUGGAUGCAUGAAUUUAACAUCUAAUUGUAGUGAUAGAUAAUUAUAAUAAAAUUGUUAAUUUGGAACAUCACCAAUUUGUAUCUGGAAUAAUAAUAAAUGUGUAUAAUAAUCUUGUGAAACUGCAAAUAUAAUAGGCUCGCCAAAUUAUUUAACAGUUUUUAAUUAAUAAAAUUGUAUUUCAUAUAUGAAUAAUUGUGUUUUGAAUAAUUCUAGUAAUGGAUGCAUAACAAAGCCUUCUUCAUGUAGUUUAUUAAGUAUAAACAAUUGUUUUGUUUCAAGUUAGAAUGAUUGUAUUUGGACAGGAGGAUAAUGUAAAGAGAAAAUAUGUUAAAAUUUAAUUGGUAAUAGUCAUUUAGAUUGCAAUAUUUAAUUUUAAGAAUGUACUAUAAACAGUAGUUUGAAUGGAUGUAUAUAAAUAUAAAAAUGUUAGUAAUACACAAUAGAAUAAUAAUGUAAAAUAAGUUAGACAGGACAGUGUAUUUGGACAGGUACUUAAUGUAGAGAAUCUAGUUGUAAUGAUUCAACGGAUUCGAAUAAUUAUGAUACACAUGAGAAAUGUAAUCAAUUAAAUUCUUAAUGUACAGUAUUAAGUAAAGUGAAUUAACAAGGAUGUAUUAAUAAAUAAAGUAUUUGUGAAGAAUACAAGUAUGAUUAUUAAUGUCAUUCAACAAUUAAUUAUGUUCAGUGUAUAUGGAUAUAAGAUUAAUGUAAAGAACUCUAAAAGAUACUUUGUAGUGAUAUUCGUUUGAAUUCAUAUAGUGAUCCUAAUUGUGAAACUGUAUUAAUCAGAUGUAAAGCAAAUACUUCAUCAACAGGCUGCAUCAAUAAGAUAUGUACUGAUUAUUUAUACACAACAAUGGUUGAUUGUGAAAACAUAUCUGGAUGUACUUUAAAUAGAGAUUAAAAUAGAUGUAUUGUAAAAAAGGAUUUCUGUUCUGAAUAUUCAUCUGAUUUAUCUUAAUGUAAUUUUGCUAAGGAAGGAACAUGUGUUGUAAAGGGAAUUUAAUGCCUUUACACUCAUGUAGAUUGUACAAGUCUUCCAAUUCCUACUAUAAAUUCUGAUUGUUCUGACAAAAGAGAUUUUUGUAUAAUGAUUGUAUCAGGAGCAAAUAAAUCUUGUGGUUCUGGUUAAUGCUAAAAUUAUGUAGGUGGUAAUCUUACAUUUGAUGGUUGUUAAUAAUAUGAUUAUUCUUGUACUCUUAAUACAGCAGGAACUGGUUGUAUUCGUAUGGCUGAUACAUGUAGCACUGCUACAAGUGAUAAUUGUAAUUAUUCUAAAAAUCAUGGAAAUUGUAAAUGGACAGGUACUUAAUGUAAACCAAUUGGAAUUGCUUAAGAAAAGAAUUGUUAAUUAAUUACUGAUGGUUCCUCUAGUUUAACAUAUACAAUUUGUUAAAAACUCUCAAAUUAUUGCAGUGUCAAUAGAACAGGGAAUUCAUGUAUAAAUAUUUAAGCUGAUUGUUUUUAAUAUACAAAUUUAAGUGAUUGUUAUUAAUCAUCUAGAGGUAGAUGUAUAUAAAAUUAAUAAGCAAAUUCAGGUGCUUCAUGUAUUGAAAUAUCUAAUUCUAUUGAAUGUGAUAAAAUAUUUUUAGGUGAAUCAUUUACUUAUACACAUGAUGUUUGUUAAUAUUUGAAAAAUACAUGUACAAAUGAUUCUAUAAAUGGAUGUAAAAAUAAAACAUGUACUAAUGUGGAUACAAUCAAAACAACUCAUGCUGAAUGUGUAUCUUGGUUACCAAUAUGUACAAUCAAUUUAACUUAAAAUGCUUGUAUUGAAUAAAAAUUAACAUGUUCUGAAUAAAAUUCAAAUUCUUGUUUAUGGUCUCAAGAAGGCUAAUGCAUUGUCGUAAAUAAUUAAUGUGUUAAAAUGGCUUGUCAUAUUUUAUCUAAUAAUUUUACAACACAUAAUUAAUGUUAAAAUGAAAAUAAUAAAUGUACUGUUGCUAAUAAAGGUGGUUGUAUCAUUAAAAUAUAAAAAUGUAGUGGUUAUUUAACAUAAAUUUAAUGCUAAUUUAAUUUCUCAAACUAAAAAUGUUGGUGGAAUCAAUCUUCUAUGAAUUGUGUAGAUUUAAAAUGUGAAGAAAUUGAAAAAACCAACAAUUAUACUUCACAUAAUUAAUGUUAUAAUGCAUCUGACAGUAUUAAAUGUACUAUAGCUACAACUGGUUUAGGAUGUCAAUCUUUAAAAUCAUGUGAUUUAUAUACUACUUAUGCUGAAUGUGUGAUUGAUUCUUCUAAUUAAAAUUGUUAUUGGAAUACUGAAACUUUAAAAUGUCAAUAUAAAUAAUGCAAUGUAGCAUCACCAUCCUUAAAUUCUCAUUCUUAAUGUUAAAUUUUUGAUGUUUCAUGUACUGUCUUUGUCAAAAUAGAUGAUUAAUAAUAAUAAAUAAUUUAAGGUUGUCAAUCAUUAAAUCCUAAUUGUAGUGACUAUUUAUUUGAAUAACAAUGCUUUAUUACCAAAGAUAAUUAACAAUGUUCUUGGUUUGAAUCUUCUUGCAAAAAUCUAAGUUGCUCAACUGCUCCUAAAACUUCUGAUUAUUCAACUCAUUAAGCAUGUUAAAAUUAUUUAUAAAAUUGUACUGUUUCAUCAGAUUUAUUGGGUUGUGUGGAUAUCCCUUAAAAAUGCUCAAAUAUUACUAUUGAAAUUUCAUGUAUUCGAGAUGCUAUUGGAAAUGAUUGUUUUUGGUAUGAUUCAAAAUGUUAAAUAAAAUCUUGUUCAACAGCCCCAUCUGAUUAAAAUACUGCUUCAUUAUGUUCUCUUUGGCUUCCUACUUGUACAGCAGAAAAUACUAACAAAUGUAAAAGGCUUUCAUGUGAAGAAUAUGAAUUUACUACUGAUUCAGAAUGUAAAACUGCCUUAUCAACUUGUACUACUGAUGGUACAAAAUGUGUAACCAGAGGAACAUGUUAAACUUUAAGUGAACCAGGAUGCAUUAAAUCUAACAAUGAUGAACAAUGUUAUUGGAUUGGUAACAAAUGUACUUUAAAAGAGUGUAAAAUUAUUAACAAAGAAAAAGAUUGUAAUAUUAACUAUAAUAAUAUAAAAUGUAUAUGGGAUAAGGUUUAUUGUAGAAAUAUUGGUGAAUGUUAAGAUUAUAAUGGUACAAGUCAUAGUGAGUGUUAAAAAUUUAAUACUUUAUGCACUAUAGGAGAGAACUCUAAAUGUAUGAAAAUAAAAAGUUGUAAUGAAUUCAUAAAUAGAGAAUAAUGCUUUUUGGGAGUAGAUGGACCUUGUAUAUGGAUUGAUAAAUAAUCUAAAUGCAUUUAAUUCACAUCAUGCAAAUCGAUAAAAUUAAAGAGUGAUGAAGAAUGUAAAUAAGUAUCUCCUCUAUGUACAAGUGAUGGAUAAAGUUGUAUAGCAAUUACAUUAUGUUCAGAAACAAAUACGAUUAGUGGUUGUGUAAGUGGAAUUGAUGGUGAUUGUAUUAAAACUGUACCAACAUUAAAUUCAAGUCAACCUCCAAUUUGUAAAUUAUUUACAUCUUGUUCGGAUGCAUAUUACUUAACUCAUUAAGAUUGUUAAAAUGCAAGUAAAAGUUGUACUACAGAUGGAUAGAGUGGAUGUAUCAAUCUUAGUGUAUGCAAUUAAUAUGUAAAUUAAGCAUCAUGUUAAAUAGAUUCUAUUGGAUUAGAAUCAAAAGAUGGAUUAAUAACAUCAACCGGUGUUUGUGUUUGGAAUUAAAGUGGAGAAUGUAAAAAUCAAGGUUGUACCGAUUUGACUGGAACAUCUCAUGAAUAAUGCACUCUUUAAUUAUCAAAUUGUACAUAUGAUGGAGCUGCAUGUAUAUCUAAGUAAAACUGUAGUGAAUAUAAAAAUUAAGAAAGUUGUUCUAUUGCAUAUGGAUUAGAAGGCAAAUGUAGUUGGAAUAAUACUUUAGGAAAUUGUUAAAUGUUUAUGUGCAGUAGUAUAACAAAUGGUAAUACAUUAUAAUAAUGUUAAUAAUAAUUACCAUCUUGUAUAACUGAUGGAUCUAAAUGUAUAAAUAAAGAAAUGUGUUCAUCAUAUAGUACAAAAAUAGCAUGCACAAUUGGUGGAACUGAUGGUAUUUGUGUAUGGAAUGGAUAGUCUUGUUCAUUGAUGUUAUCUUGCACUUAAGCAGAUUAGGAUCAAGAAGCAUGUUUAUCAGCAAAAGAUCGUUGUGCAUUUAAAUAUGCAUCUGGUAUUUCUACUAGUUCAUGUUAUGCUCAUACAUGUGAAUCUUAUUAAAAGACAAAUGGAAAAUGUAUUUCCUUUUUUGAUUGGAAUAAAUCUACAAAAAAAGGAUGUUCAGUAAUAGAUGGAAGAUGUUAAGAGAUGGAUCUAGGAAGUUUGGAUCAAUCACAAUGUUUUAUUUUAUCUGAAUAUACAUACACUUGGAACACAAAUAAAAGUAAAUGCUUAUCCUGCAAUGCUUAAUAAGAAACAAAAACUAAUCAGACUAAAAAUACAACUAACUCAAGUGCAAAUACAUAAACUCCAACAAGUUCAGUAGAUACUUUUGGUUAUAACCUUGAAUUAGUCUUUAUGGUUUUGGUUUUGAUUUAAUGAAUUUACG